AUGAUCAUCCUGCCCAUUCAGGAGACAUUGUUGAUCGGCCAGCCCUCGACGCAGGAAGGCCAAGUGUGGUCACAGAUAUUGGGCAUACUGGAGAAGUUUACAGGCUUCCAGCGUCUGGACUGGGGGCGACACGUGGAAGAGCCUGGACAGGUUCACCUGCAUAUCGUGAAAGUCAAAAGAAGAAAAAAAGCAAUAACCAGUGGCAUCGCUGUAGUUCGUGAAAGUCUGCAUCAGCACUACGCCUUCCUCGCCUCUCCGGAGUGGCAGCGGGUCGGCGAGAAGUUACGUGCGUUAGAGGUGAUGGAUUUUGCAUCGCUUGUUGUGCGCCAUGUGAUGAUGGAGGAGUUUAGUUCGGGCGAGGGUAAAAGGGCACCGGUGAUGGGCACGGCCAUCUAUCUGACCCCUGACCAAGCGGGGUGGAUGAAGACAUGGGAGCUGUGGACGACGAUUGUGGCAGUGGUGCCUGGAUGUAUUGGGGUUAGAGGCGGAUGGAUGGUGGAGCCCGUGGAGAAGCAGCCGGCUUAUGUGGUGUUUGUCGGAUGGGCAAGUGUCGAGGUACAUGACGCGUAUCAUCAGAAACAGAACGGGGGGCUCGGGUCCGCCGGCUCCGCUGAUCCUCCGCGAUGGGCCAUGUCCAUCUCUCCCCUCUUCUUCUCCUACAAGUCCACCCUCUCUCUCUACUUCACUCCCCUGUCCCCCCCCCCGUGUGCCCUUGAGAACACCUUGGCGACCAAAUCCUCACUGCAGGCAAACUUCUCUCUCAACCUUCAAUUGACCCCUUUUCGCUGA